AUGAAAUCAGACGUCGUUCCAGAGCCUACCGUCAGGAAAACGGAGAUAAACUCAGACAUUAUGAAAGAGCCUACCGUCAGGAAAAUCGAGACAAACUCAGACGUCGUUCCAGAGCCUACUAUCAGGAAAAUCGAGACAAACUUAGACGUCGUUCCAGAGCCUACAAGAAGGAACACCGAGACGAAGUUAACCGUCGCUCCAGAGCCUACAAGCAGGAAUACCAAGACGAAUGCAGACGUCGUUCCAGAGCCUGGUAUUGGGAAAACCGAGACAGAGACCUUCGUCGUCAAAGAGCCUACCGUCAGGAAAACCAAGACAGAAUCAGACGUCGUUCCAUAG